CUUCAAGCAGCUCAAGAGUGAUGAGUUUCUACUGGUAGUAUUACAGUGAAAGGAGAGGUGGAUAUGACAACAUUGCAGAGUUCCUGAGACGUGCAAUACAGCCUGUGAUCCUGAGUCAACGCCAAACUGAAGAAUGUACUGUAACCAAGACUUGGAUUUUUAUAUGAGUAUAUUUCUAGUAACCAUAGGAUUCUUAUUUUUUUUAAAGCAAGGACACGAGCCUGCUCAUUAUGGGAAGUAUAUUCUAAAAACAUCUAAACAAACUCAUAUUCUGUUUCCAGCAAAGCUUGGCUGGUUUAUCCAGGAGCUACCUUCAUUCCUAAUUCCGUUUGUGGUCAUAUUGUAUAACCAAGCAUGUGAUACUAUGGGAUGUAAGAUGCUCCUCUUCAUGUUUUGUGGACACUAUUUUCAAAGGACGUUUAUCUAUUCUGCUUUUACAAGAGGAAGACCUAUACCUUUAUUUAUAGUAAUAAGUGCUGUGAUAUUUUGCAGUUACAAUGGUUUCUUACAAAGUCACUGCAUGAUAUAUGUUGCUGAGUACCCUAAAGAUUGGUACAUGGAUAUUCGAUUUCAAUUAGGGGUUGUCAUAUUCUUCCUUGGAAUGGGCAUAAAUAUACAUAGUGACCAUAUUCUGCGCACAUUAAGAAAACCGAUUGAAGUCUCUUACAAGAUUCCACAAGGGGGAAUGUUUAAUUUUGUAUCUGGCGCCAAUUUCCUGGGUGAAAUUGUGGAAUGGUAUGGUUAUGCCAUAGCAACAUGGUCUCUGCCAGCAUUUGCUUUUGCAUUAUUUACAAUGCUUUGCAUUGGGCCAAGGGCUUAUCACCAUCACAGGUUUUACCUUCAAACAUUUAAAGACUAUCCCAAACAUCGGAGAGUUCUGAUUCCUUUCAUUUUUUAAUCUUGAUUAUACAUACUGUAUGCAGCAACAUGGACAGACUGUUUUACAGUUAAGCCAUAUCUGAAUUAAAAAAGUGUAUGUGAUUUACAGCU